AUGAAUCUUGAGGAACCUCUACCGGCGAGUAUAAAAGUUAGGGGCUCAAAGGAAAUCAUCUCUAUAUGGGGACACACAGAAAAGACAUGUUCUAAAAAUAAGAACGUCAAAGAUAAAGAUAACGAAGAAGUGGUGAAGGAGAAAGAGCUUGGUCUGCAGGAAACUUCAGUGGAGACAGAUAAGCCUUCAAAGUCUAUUGAUCUUGAGAACCCUGUAUUGGAGACAAGGAAGCAAGAAUCAUCGACAUGCCUGAUAAUGAGAAACUGUGUUCGUUGGUUCCCCAAAGCUCACCCACUGGCCAUAGAAAAAAUGGUAAGUCGGGUAGAGGUAUGGAUCCAGAGCAACGACCUUGAAGAAGGGGAAGUGGAAGCAGAUUUUGAGAGCUCUAGCUCCAGCUCUGAAGAGGAAAGCUCUUUGGAGUCUAAGGUAGUUCUUGAGAAAAGGAAACAACUGGAUAAACAGCAGAUUGGAAAGAAUAGGAAGAAUCAGAACUGGAAAAACCCAAGUACAAAUGUUGGGAACAAAAAAGUUCAAAACAAGGGUGCCAAGAACAAGCAAACAAAUCAAGUCUCCUCAUGGAGACACUAA